CCUGCACUGAUGCACCGAAUAUCAGGCGCAUUCGCACUGGGAUCAUGUUCCUUCCGAGUGGAGAGGGAGCGGGAGAGCACAGCGCGAGUCACCGUGUGGCGCCAUCUCGCGGUCGCACGCUCCUACACCAUGGAGGCCUCCUUCUGCGGCUUCGAUCAGGGACCCUACAAGGGGUUGCACCUGAACACGCAGCACCUGCAGGGCGUGGGUGGCGAGCUGUGUGAGGCGCUGGGCGGCCUCAGCGACGGCGCUGCCAUCGAUAUACAACUCACCAAAGACCUCAACGGUAACAUGGUUGAAGUAAAUUGGAAUAAUGCAGGCAAAAGAGAAAGAGCCGUCGACAGCGAAGCGGGAUCAUGCUCGGACAGUGUGCUCAAGACGGAUUCAGAUGAAGACUUCGAUUAACUAAGUUAUAAGAUGUAUGGUAAAUAUAAUUUUGUAACCGCGGACGUAUCUUGAGAAAUUUACGCGUUAUAAGAUGCAAACAACUUGUUAAUGUUCUCGAAUUAAGCAAACAUUGGGCCUAUUUUUUAAUGAAACCGUUUCGAAGAAUGUUUUUAUUUUGAUCGGUGAAAUUGAUUUGUUAGUUCAUAAUUCAGAGAAGUCAUUAUUCAGAUUGCAUUGUGCAAUAGCAAGUUGUAGAAAUUAAGGCUCGUUUACGAUCGAUCGAUACGUCUGCAACAUAAGGUAUGGUAAUUUAUUACGUUUUUAAAUUUCAAUUGCAAAUUAGUCGUCGCGUAGUAAUUAUGACCGAUUGAAGUGAUCAGUGUAUUGUUUUUUUCUUAUUUUGUAUAUGUAUUUUUAUUUAACAUUAUCGUUUGAGAAGUUAUGUUAUAUUUUUAUAAGUGCGUAUUUCAUUAUGUGGUCAAGUAAUUUGAUUUUAUUUUUGCUGUCUGUAAAUUAUUUCUGUUUGUGAUCUCAGUAACAUUAAAGUUAU